CUGCGGCAGCUGACUGAGGCACCCCCAGCCGCUUCCUGCGAUCGGCUUGCUCACAGUCAAGGGACACAGGUGCAGCAGAUGCUGACUCAGCCCGUGCCAUUAAGAUUUAAAAAGCAAGAAGAAAUUAGGAAGCUAUGGGCAGGGCACGCAGGCCUCUACCUGGGCAGCACAGGCAUUGCGAGAAAUGCUUUAACCGUCACUGCCACAUUCCUGUGGAGCCUGAUGUCUCCUGUCUGGUGAUAAACUGCCACCUGUCCUGUGGUGCCAUCUUCCACAUGUGCAAAGAGGCAGAGCAUGAGCUCCUUUGCCCUCUAGAGGAGGUUCCAUGCCUCAACUCCGAAUAUGGCUGCCCCCUUUCCAUGUCCCGCCACAAGCUGGCCAAGCACUUGCAAGUGUGCCCUGCCAGUGUGGUCUGCUGCUCCAUGGAGUGGAAUCGCUGGCCAAAUGUGGACUCUGAAACAACCCUUCAUGAGAACAUCAUGAAAGAGACCCCCAGUGAGGAGUGUUUGGAUACAGCUCUGGCCCUCCAGGACCAGAAGGUCCUUUUCAGAUCUUUGAAAAUGGUAGAACUUUUCCCAGAAACUAGAGAGCCCACUGAGGAGGAACCUACUGUGAAUGGUGAAGCCAGCUGGGAGGAAAUGGGAGGAGCAGUGGGUGGGGCAGAAGCCAGUUUGGUACCACAUGGAUCUCUAUCAGCAACUAAUGGAGAGAUGGCAGAACUGAGUCAAGAAGAACGAGAGGUGUUAGCCAAAACCAAAAAAGGGAUGGACCUAACCAAGUUUGACAAGUGGGAAAACAUAUUCAGCAAAGAGCAUGCAGCCUCUGCUUUAACAAGCUCAUCAGUAGGCUGUGAGAGCAAGAGUGAAAACAGCCCAGGGAAAGAACAGAUUUCUAGCAACAAUAAUGUGGUAGGAGAGGAUGCUCUCAAAGAGAAAGAACUGCAGGAAAACCAGAAGCAGCAGGACUUUCAUGGAGCCCUGGAAACGACAGGGCUCGCCCCUUGGCAGGAUGGUGUUCUGGAAAGACUGAAAACAGCUGUGGAUGCAAAAGACUAUAAUAUGUAUCUGGUGCACAACGGGAGGAUGCUUAUUCACUUUGGUCAGAUGCCUGCUUGCACACCUAAGGAGAGAGACUUUGUUUAUGGCAACCUUGAGGCUCAGGAAGUGAAGACUGUUUAUACCUUCAAAGUUCCUGUGAGCUACUGUGGGAAGCGGGCUCGUGUUGGAGAUGCCAUGUUGAGUUGUAAACCAAGUGAACACAAGGCAGUAGACACUUCAGAUUUAGGGAUUACAGUGGAGGACCUACCCAAAUCAGAUCUCAUCAAGACCACACUCUUGUGUGCUUUAGAAAGAGAACUUAAAGGUCAUGUCAUCUCCGAAUCCAGGAGCAUUGAUGGGCUGUUCAUGGAUUUUGCUACACAGACAUACAAUUUUGAGCCAGAACAGUUUUCCUCUGGGACAGUGCUGGCUGACCUCCUAACCACUGCCAACCCAGGGGGGCUCCAUGUGGAACUCCACAGUGAGUGUGUGACUAGGAGACACAACAAGAGCAGCUCUGCCUUCACUUUCACUUGCAACAAAUUCUUCAGGAGGGAUGAAUUCCCCCUACAUUUCAAGAAUGUCCACACAGACAUUCAGUCAUGUCUCAAUGGCUGGUUCCAGCAUCGAUGCCCUCUCGCCUACUUGGGAUGUACAUUUAUUCAAAACCAUUUCCGUCCCCCAGGGCAAAAGGCAAAAGUGAUCUAUAGUCAGGAGCUCAAGACCUUUGCCAUCAAGCCAGAGGUUGCUUCAGAGCUGAGUGAGACAAAGAAGAACCAUCUCUCAGGCCAUGGAGGGAAAAGCCAGAAUUGUCUAACCAGCCUGCCGCUGGAGGUUUUGCAAUACAUUGCUGGGUUCUUGGACAGCAUCAGCCUGUCCCAGCUUUCCCAGGUGUCUGUGCUGAUGAGAAAUAUCUGUGCUACUUUGUUACAAGAGAGAGGGAUGGUCCUCCUGCAGUGGAAGAAGAAGAGGUAUUCUCAUGGAGGCACCUCCUGGAGAGUCCACAGAGAGAUCUGGCAAUUCAGUAGCCUCUUCUCCAAAAUCAAGAGCUGGGAGUUUAACGAAGUUGCCUCCAUGUCUGAACACCUGAAGGCCUGUCCUUUCAAUGUUGUAGAGCAUAAGACCGACCCAAUUCUUUUGACCAGCAUGUGUCAGCUCCAGGAGCUGGCCCGAGAGAGCUUAGUCACCACCUUUAGAGCCAGACCACGAGGAAGACACACCUGCUAAAGAUUCAGAUGCCACCAUUCUUGGAUUCGCCCUCUGAGUUACUGAAAGUAGGACAGAGUGUGAUUUUGAGGACUUUCUUCUGUAAACUGCAUACACGCUUAUCUAGGUGUAUUGGAGCACGCACUGCCCUAAACCUGAGCAGUUGCACAAGGUCUAAGCAUUUCCCAAGCCUUGGCUUGUACACUUGCUAUAAGGGCCAUACUGAUAACAUUUUUCCUUCCCCCACCCUUUUUUUUUUUCCUAAAACAAAUCAGUCUGAGGAGAAAAUAGAUAACUUGAGGCCACUUGAAAGAUGAGCCCAAGUCUUAGGAAACAAGAGAGCAGUGAAAUUACAUAACCAGCACAGGCCUGUGCUUUUGUGGAGAACAUUUUAGUUGAUAAGCAUUUUCAAAUAAAUAUAGGGGGCAGGUAAUGCAGGAGGGGGCACUGAGGUGCGUCCCAGGGCACCCAGGGUUUGACGGUUCUGGAGCUGGGGUUAUCUUGAUGGUUAAGUCCAGGUCUUCUUUUAGUUGCUCCACCACCUAUAAGCCCAGGAAGUCCAAGCACAGCACAGCCCAAUAAAAUGGAGACCUUGGCUGAGCACAGCAGCCUCAAGGGCAUCACAGGCCAAAGAAUGAGAGGCAGAAAUGAGGUCACAGAGUUUGUUGUGGAGAAUCUUGGCAA